AUUUUGCUUGAGGAGAGUAAACAGAACUGAUCCUCGGAGCAUCAGAUUUUCAACAAAGAAGGCAUGACCCCGGCUUUCACUGAGACCAUGAGCGCCGGGCCACAGCUCACUCCAGCCUGAGAAGAGAAUUAUAUACAGAAAAGGAUCAUGUCCUGGCACAAGGUCGGUUCGUUCCUGCGUGGCCUGUCCCGCAGGAAGCCUCUAGAACCCGAAGGCGAAGAGUCGACGUUCCGGCGGUGUCUCGGCACGGUAGACCUGGUGGCUCUCGGCGUGGGGAGCACGCUGGGCGCCGGCGUCUACGUGCUCUCUGGUGAGGUGGCCAGAUCUCUGUCUGGCCCCAGCAUCAUCAUCUCCUUCCUCAUUGCCGCUCUGGCCUCCAUCUUCGCCGGACUCUGCUACGCUGAAUUCGGCUCCCGCGUACCCAAGACGGGAUCGGCCUACCUCUACAGCUACGUGACUGUGGGCGAGGUGUGGGCUUUCAUCACGGGGUGGAACCUGCUGCUCUCCUACAUCAUAGGUGCCUCCAGCGUGGCCCGAGCCUGGAGUGGUACUUUUGAUGAUAUGAUUGGAAACGUGAUGGCGAAUUACUUCAGCAAACACGCAGCCAUGGGUCUUCCAGGCCUGGCUCCGUACCCAGACUUCUUUGCAGCUGGCCUUAUUAUGCUUCUGGCUGGUCUUCUUGCGUUUGGUGUGAAAGAAUCAACGACGGUCAACAAGGUCUUCACGAGCGUUAACAUACUGGUGUUGGUGUUCAUCAUCAUCACUGGCUUCAUCAAGGGGAAACUGGAGAACUGGUACAUCAGUGAGGAAACCUUACGGAACAUCACAGCAGAACUUGAAAACCUGACAUCCACGCUGAACGUGACCUCCGAGUUCGGGCGCGGCGGCUUUUUCCCAUACGGCUUUGAGGGCACGCUGGCCGGAGCUGCGACUUGUUUCUACGCGUUCGUAGGCUUUGACUGCAUUGCGACUACGGGUGAGGAAGUGAAGAACCCCCAGAAGUCCAUCCCGCUGGGGAUCGUCUUUGCGCUGCUGAUCUGUUUCCUGGCUUAUUUCGGCGUUUCAGCCGCUCUCACGCUGAUGAUGCCGUACUACCUGCUGAACAUCCACAGCCCUCUGCCAGUCGCCUUCACCUACGUGGGCUGGGCCGCCGCCAAGUACGUCGUCGCUGUGGGAUCCCUCUGUGCGCUCUCUACUAGCCUGCUGGGGUCCAUGUUCCCGAUGCCUCGAGUGAUCUUCGCCAUGGCUAGAGACGGCCUCCUCUUUAAAGUGCUGCGUAAAGUCAGCUCGAGGCAAAGUCCCGCCAUGGCCACCCUCACCUCCGGCUCUGUGGCAGCUAUAAUGGCGCUGUUAUUCGACUUGAAGGCGCUGGUUGAUAUGAUGUCGAUCGGGACGCUGUUCGCCUACACCCUCGUGGCCAUUUGCAUUCUCAUACUGAGGUACCGUGAGAGUCCAUCUCUGGAGAAUGAAAUAAGCUUCACUCCACGGUCAAAGUGGGGGUUUUUAAAUCCCCCGUCGUACCCGACCAAGGAAACGUCGAACACCGUCAUCGUCUGCACCGUGUUUAUCAUCGUCUUGGUGGUGGUCCUGACCGUCCUGCUGUCCAAAGCCAUCACAUCACUGCUGCUGCUGGAGGUCUGGAGUCUGGUGUGUGUGUCUGUGAUCCUCUUCUUUAUGCUGCUCUGCACGCUGCUGAUCUGGAGGCAGCCUCAGAAUCCCACUAAAGCAGCCUUCAUGGUGCCUUUUCUGCCUUUACUUCCUGUGGUGAGUUCAUUCAUCAACAUUUACCUGAUGAUUCAGCUCGGAGGCGCCACCUGGAUCCGCUACGCCGUCUGGAUGGCUGUGGGACUCCUGAUCUACUUCGGGUACGGCGUGAGGAACAGCGUCCAGAAGCAGAGGCUGCUGGGAAACCUGAGCAACAUGGAAACUACAGAGGAAAUGCCAGAGAAAGACAUGACCAAAGGAUAACGCUCAUAAGACCGGCGGCUGAUAGCCAAAUAAUACGUUUAACGAUCAUCUAAUUAGUGAAAUAAUAAUAAUACGAGCAAUAGCAAUUUUCUUUAACACGCGUGAAUGUACGACAUGAUGGCGGAACAAUUUGACGUUUGUGUGUAUGUGCUUUAAUAAAAAGGGUCACAUAUUUUGAACAGA